GUAGUAUUCGAAAUAAAAGAAGAAACCGAAGGAGAGAACAAUCAUGUUUGGGAAGGGGAGGAAGAAUAUAGAUUUCAAGAAUUACAAGGGAUUAAAGCCCACAAAAAUCAACAACAAGGAAGGUGAAGAAGAGUUUUACGGAUACGUCUAUACCGGAAAGUACCUGAACAAUGGAGAACCUAUCGAUUUCGAAAACAAUCAUGGACAACUUCCAAAUUUCGGAACCCACAAACCUGUUGAGCAGUAUGUUCACAUGCAUCAUCCACCCAUUAAUUAUGGCUAUACCGGCAAGUACCUAAACAAUGGAGAACCUAUCGAUUUCAAAAACAAUCAUGGACAAUUUCCGAAUUUCGGAACCCACAAACCUGUUGAGGAGUAUGUUCGUAUGCAUCAUCCACCCGUUAAUACUGGACGAUCAUAUCGUGCAGAUUGGGGAAAGUUUUCUUUAUUUCAGGGGUUCUAGUAUAGUUAUGGAUUUGAGGAAGCAAGAUCUCUUUAUUUUUCAGGUUUUAGUAUAAUUUGUCUGGUCAUGGACCAUUGUAUUUUUCUCGGCUUAUUUUAAAUAUAACCCUCACUUUUAUUAACGACAGCUCAUUUUAUGUAUAAAAAAUUUAAAG